CCUGCAGACUGUGUACCUUUCUGAGCGCCGGCGGCCGCCACUUGGCCCUCCAGUGCUGGUUGUUGGUUGAGCCAGAGAGCCAGGGGGUACCAUGGAUAUCAUCCCUAGAGUGGGCUUGGGUACCUGGAAGGCCUCUCCAGGAGAAGUAGCCAACGCGGUGAUGGAGGCUAUCAACUUGGGAUACCGGCAUUUCGACUGUGCUUACUUAUACCACAAUGAGAGUGAGGUUGGAAUGGGAAUCAAUUCCAAGAUCAAGGAGGGUGUGGUGAAAAGAGAGGAACUGUUUGUCGUCAGUAAGCUGUGGUGUACCUACCACAAGAAGUCUUUGGUGAAAACAGCAUGCACCAAUACCUUGAAGGCCUUAAACUUGGAUUACCUUGACCUCUACCUCAUACACUGGCCCAUGGGCUUCAAGCCUGGAGAAAAAGAUGUACCUUUGGAUUGCAAUGGCAUGGUUAUACCCAGUAACACCAGCUUUCUGGACACCUGGGAGGCCAUGGAGGACCUGGUGAUUGAGGGGCUGGUGAAGCACCUUGGGGUGUCAAACUUUAACCAUGAACAGCUUGAGAAGCUUUUGAAUAAGCCUGGUUUGAGGAUCAAGCCCAUAACUAACCAGAUUGAAUGCCACCCAUAUCUUACUCAGAAGAAUCUGAUUGAUUUUUGCCAUAAGAGAAAUGUGUCUGUGACUGCUUACCGUCCUCUUGGUGGCUCAAGAGAUGGGGUUGACUUGUUGGAUGAUAUUGUCGUUCGGAAGAUUGCAAAGAAGCAUGUGAAGUCUUCUGCUCAGAUUUUGAUCCGAUUUCAGAUCCAAAGGAACGUGAUAGUGAUUCCCAAAUCUGUCACCCCAAGUCGGAUCAAGGAGAAUAUCCAGGUAUUUGAUUUUGAACUAACAGAAAAAGAUAUGGAGGAACUCCUCAGCCUCAAUAAGAACCUCCGGUUGGCCACAUUCCCCUCAACUGAAAAUCACAAGGACUACCCUUUCCACAUAGAGUACUGAAGACAGCGUCGUCGCUCGCCCUCUUUUGUUCUCAGAUCACCAAAGUUGGCAGCAUGGAUCCACCUCUGCAGAGGCUGUGUGGGCUCAGCCAGCAAGACAGCAGCAGAGUUAAAAGCAAGGAAAAUCCUGCCUAGAACCAGUUCUUGGAGAAACAUAAAAAUCUAGGGGUGAGAUAAGAAAGUGCCAUGCAGGCUGUAGGUGUUACUGAGUUGUUAGGGAUCGCCAACGACACAUCAGUCCUUGUGGCUUCUAUCCUCUGAAAUGAGAUGCUGAUGGCUCAUGAAUUAAAAUCUACAAGUCAGCUUCAACAGCAAUCAA